AUGGCCUCCGAUAUCAUUCCCCGACAGAUUACCGAUACAAACAUGGUGCCUGACUACGAGGUUAAACUCCGGCUUGACCCAGCCAAGGUUCUUGACAUUGAUCAGGGACUAACAAGAGAUGUAAAAUCGGCCUUUGAUGUGCUUUCGACUGUCACUAAACUGAAUGUCCAAUUCCUUGAUAUGAAGUGUAAGGAGAUCUAUACCGCCGGCUGGAGCCCCCGCAUCCGCAAGACGGAGAACAAGAACGAUAUUGAGCUCACAUAUAAGAGGCGGUAUGCCAUCACGGACGGUGGCAUCGACGCUGUCCUCACUACAGCUAAUCAGGAUGGUUUCCACACUGGUAACACAGAAUUCAAGGCGCAGGUUGAAUGGGGCUACCAAAAGCAGACACUCUCUAUAAGCCACAAGGACAAAGUGAAUAAUUCUGGGAAUAGUGGGAUGGGUUUGCCAGGAACGAGUGAAUCACGUCAAAUUUUAAUCAACAAAGCGCCAGAUAAGUUCGAUAACUGGAAGUAUCCAGAAUGGGGUACCAGCACGUUAUUUGUCUCACGGAUUUUCGGCCCUGUCCUUGCAAGACGCUUUACUGGCAAUUGGAAUGAAUUGGAGCUUCACCUUGAGGUCUGGCCUCUCGUCAACUCUGAGGGGACAGGAAUUGAGCACAUCGUCGAAGCGUCUUUUAAGACAGAGAACCGCGGUACAGCCUCACGUGAGCGGCGCAACUUAGUCAAUUUUUUGUCUCUGCCGGAAAGAAAUUGGUUUCUAUCGCAAGACUCGCUAAAGACGCAGCUCAUUAUGGAGCGAUACUAA